UAAUUUCCAUUUCCCUCAUAUUUCCUUGCUUUUCUUUUCUUUCCUCUCUUCUCCAAACAAGAUGACAACAGAAAAAAUCUCCUAAUCUGGUUUUGAAAGAUUUUGAUUCUGAAUGCAGCCACUGCAUGUUACGGUAAUGAUCCGUCGCAGCUCCCCUGCGGCAACCCUGCAGCAACCUAUUUGGGGCCACCGAUACGGGAUAUGGGACAAUGGAGCCGCCUGCGGGAGGCAAUACUUGGUAAGAUGCAUCAGUGCGGCUGUCCCUAGAUUUUGCAAACCCGGACAAACAAUACAGAUUAAGAUCGUUGAUCAAGCAGAAACUUUGGUGUCCAAACCUUCCAGGGAGGGUGUUUCCAUAGUUCUGUCUUCAACCGCAUAUGGGUUGAUUGCAGACGCUUCUGCAGCUUCAGUUAACAUUGAAUUCAAACAGUAAGUCUAAGCAGUUAUGUCCCAUCAUGUAUUGGUCUCAUCGACUUCUUUAAGCUGUAAGAGAUUUUUUUGAUAAGCAGGGUCUGAAUUUUGCGAUGGAGAUUUCUAGAGGAGCAGGUAAACCAUUGGAGAAGGGCUCUAAAUGUGAGGUGGUACCCUUCCAUCUCCAUCAAUGGUCUGUGCCGGAUUGCAAAACCGCUGUCUCUUUUAUUAGUCUAGUUCAGUUUUAUUCUAAAACUUCAAACGGAAGUCAAACAGAUAUCUUCGUACUUUUCCAUUUUGCAUGAUCUUUUUAGCAAUUGGACUAUGAAUUAAUGGAAGAAAUUGAAGAAUAUUUU